AUUAUAUAUUAUACCUCCCCGUCUAAAAAUGUGCAUCCAUUUCUUCAAUUCAAACUAGUGAAGCCACGUUUGCCGUUCGCCAUGGAUUUCUCUUGGUUGACUUGUUUUAUUUGUGUACUCGCCAUUCUUCCAGAUUCCUUGGGACACAAGUAUUUCACUCUAAACAAUGCACUCCCUGGGACCAUUUACAUCGGGACUCGUUCUGAAGUCAUCAGCAAGACAGUUACAGCUAACAAAGUCCAGAAUUCCUUCUCCCCUCUCCUGCGACCUCUCGUACAGGACCAGUUUAGCUUUGACAUGGAGUUAUGCGACCUGGUUACGAUCACCAAGGGGUCCUUUGUUGUCGCCGACAGAGAGGAAACACAAUCAGGAGUAAUGUUUCAAUGUUUAUCACGACCAGAUGAUUCUUUUGAGAUAAAAGAAAUUCUCACGAUUAUGGCCACAAAUAUGAUCUACGAACAGCUGUUCAAAAACAAGGUUUCGAUGUCAUCUUGAGUCAAAUCUCGACCAUUCCACUUCAGAAACCUCCUGAAUCAAUGUUCUGUUAACAUUGUUUAAUCUAUGAAUUAAAUAUAACUUCUUGAAAUUUAUAUUGAUGAAUAAAUAAAAUUUGAAAAAAAAGACA